GCGGACCGUUCCACGGGUUUGUUUCGGGAUGGGAUACUGACUGUCACUUCACCUUGGCACAUCCAACACAGCCGAUUAAACCGUUAAAGUGAAGAACAAAAUGGGAAGGGAGAUGUAAAGCCUCGUUUAACAGGAGUUCGUCGGAAUCCCAACAGUGACGACCGAUUGACUCAAAGAGAGCCAGCGAUGUUUUCCUAACAAGCAUCUGCCUCACACAAACACGAUGGGGCCAACAUAUUUCAAUUAAACGAAUGGCGUUUGUCAUCAUCAUCUCUACAUCAUUAGAGAUGCGGGGAACAGCUGAUCUCAGAACUGCAGCGACUUUAUAGCCUCCAGAGCGCCGAAAUCACAGAGAGCUGUCAGGGGUCCUGAAGACGCGAGCGAGCAUGGGUAUACAACACUUUCUGCUGCUUUUGAUUUUCCUGGAUCCGCUGAACGUGCUUUGUACGUUGACCGCCAAACGAACCAAACUUGCGCCCAAAAGGACUCAGAAGCCCAAAGAACUGAACAGCACCACGGUCGCUCCCACGGCGGUCACGCAGCUGAGAACGCAGGUGCGUCCAUCGCAUACCCAUGAGACCUGCCUGGGUUACUACGACGUGAGCGGACAGUUUGAUAAGGAGUUCGAGUGCAAUAACACCGACCAUCGCUACUGCUGCGGGUCGUGUUACUUGCGAUUCUGCUGCCAGUUUGAAGGCCACCACUUGGACCAGAGCACAUGCAAGAAUUACCACAAACCCGACUGGGUGAAAACUGUGCCAACGUCUCCUAUUCCAACAGGUGAUACUUAUGAUCCCAGCAUGGACCAAACGAACACCGCGGUUUACAUUACCUGUGGUGUCAUUGCUUUUAUUAUAGUUCUUGGGGUUUCAACAAAAGUCGCGUACGACAAAGCGACUCAACCGCCUCAGGAAAUGAACAUUCACAGAGCCCUAGCAGAUAUUCUCAGACAGCAAGGACCAAUUCCUAUAUCGCAGUAUGACUGUGAGAACUUUGCGGCGAUGAACAGCUCAUCCAAAGACGACACGCCACAGCGAACAGGCUCGAAAAACCACUACACCCCUGUUCACAGCUCAAAGUCAAAUCACGGAGCACAUUACUCGAAGGACAGCAGUCGCGGUGGCGGCCAUGACCUUCACAACUUCAUAUCUUCUGGCUUUGUGACGCUUGGCCGAAGCCACGCAAAAGGGGAAAAGCAAUGGCCGGUCCGCUCUCAAAGUCAUCAUGGAGCCCAUCAACAUAACCAUCUUGGUCUUUCUAGCCCAACUCGAACGCCUAAAAAUGCUCACAGAUCCCUAAGACACGAUAAGAUGGUUUCUCUUGUGUCGCCUGCAGAGAGCACCAGGAUGAACAGUAUCCUCACCUCACAGACCGAGCCAUACGAUCUGUCCUUCUCUCGUUCCUUCCAGAGCCUGUCUCAUCUCCCCCCUUCCUACGAGUCUGCCGUGAAGGCUGACCUCAACAAAUACUCCUCACUCAAGAGACUAACAGAUAAGGACGUGGAUGAUUACUACACCAGAAAGAGGCACCUCCCAGAUCUGGCAGCACGGGGAACUCUUCCCCUACACAUGAUAAAGAUUAAUCAAGAGUCUCAAAGCAGUCAACAGGUACAGCAGCCGCAACAGCCGCCCCGCCAACGCCCACGCAAAGUUCAGAGAGCCAUGUCCCAGGAUCGUGUGCUGUCCCCCGAGCACGGCCACGACAACGACUUCCCCAUGUCCCCCUAUGACACGUCUCCUUACGGCGGCCGAAUCCUUUCCGACGAGCAGCUCCUUUCUGCCGAACGCCUCCGUUCUCAUGAACGCCUGAUCUCCCAGGACCGGCUCCACGCUCAGGACCGACACUACUCCCAGGACCGCAUCCACACGCAGGACCGUAUGAUGACCCAGGAACGCCUCCAUUCGCAGGACCGCCUCUACUCCCAAGACCGUCUCUACUCGCAAGAUCCACUGAUCUCCCCCGAGAGGAUGAUGUCCAUUAAGCGCUCAGGGUUCCACAGCGAAAAGUCCAUUUCCAGAGCCAUAUCCCACACGGAUGUGUUCAUGCCCACCACACCCAUCCUGGACCGUUACAAGAUGACAAAAAUGCACUCCCAUCCCAGUGCCUCGAACAACGGCACACCAAACACUUUGACCAUGAGCCAGAACCAGACAGCCUCCAAGAGACAGGCCUUCGCCUCUCGCCGCACUCAGACCGUGGAGCAGCUUCACUAUGUUCCACAGCAACACCACCAUCACUACCGCACAGGCAGCAAGACCGAAGUAACUGUUUAACUACCUACGAGCUCAUGACCAAUGAACCACGAACCCCGGCAAAAGUAUACAUUAGCCAAAACUGGUCACGGAUAACUGACCCAGCUCCAGCUACUAUAUAUUUAGAACUGAGACUCUUCUGUGUGCAUAGCCACUCAUCUAUAUGUGUUUGUAGAUCACAAAGAAGGGAUGGACACAUUGGGGAUUCAUAAGGGCCUCGCACGGUGACUCGCAGAACGCGAACAAUAACAGCCGGAAGGUGUGAAAGAACGUACAACGAACGGUGUGGACGUGUAACAGAACUGUAGAAAUUUAUAUACAUAUAUAAAUACGAAUACUGUUUAUACUUCCAGUCCUAGUCAAUAGCUUUAGAAGUUCUUAUGAUAUCCGCACUUCUAUCGGUGCCUCUACGAAAAUGUUCCAUUUCAACGAUGAAGUGGUUUUGUGGGUUGAAAAGCACAAUCAAGUAAAAGUUGCGUUGUUUUUCGUUCUUUUGUUCAGUUGGUGAUGGCUGGCACAUAUGAGUUUGUUCCUAAGUUAAUGGCCGGUUAUUUUGCAAAGAUGAUUGUAAAUAUGCUUGUUUAGCCACAGUAAUUGGACAAGUCUGUUCUGGUUGCCAUUUGUAUCACUGUAGUUUGUUUUCUUUAGAGGUUCAAGAGUACGGACUUAAAGUAUAGACCCACUAACCCAGUGUUAGAUCAUUUUAAGUAUUAUGAUACUGUACGUGUGUCUUUUCAAAUGUGUUUGUAGGAAGAGAUUGGGACGAAUGCUGUUGAACAAUGACAACUGUUGAUAUCUGGCUGUAGACUGUGUUGCAGUGACUCACAAGACAAAUGAGUAUAUUAUGCUUGUUGUACUAGCUUCAAAUAAAACGUACUUAUUUUUCUAAACACAAACAUUCAUGUGCAAAAAGAAUGAUAUGCUUCAAAAAACAUUGGAGGAGACUGGAGUGAAAUGUAGCAUUUUUACAUUUUCCUACGCAACUCAUGGAUAUAUAGUAAAAACAUAUUUAUAGUUAUGCAUUUUACUGACACGCAUAGCUCAUUCAAGCAUUUUAUCAGAAUGUGUUUUCCCUGGGAAUCAAAUUUACUGCCUCUUAUGGUAAGAAACCGUUUUGUGUGCCAAACUGAACCGUUAUUAGAUUUAUGAUGAGAAUAUUAAAUCAUAAAAUGGGAACAAGACAAGAAGUCAGACUGUUUGUGGUAACGGUUGAAAUUUGUAAUACAAAGUAAUAUUUAUUAUUGCUUUCUAUUUAUUCAUUCACAACCAAUUUCAUCAACAAAUAUCUGUACUGAAAAUCUAAAGUAAUCUGUUGGUGUUUACUGUUUGACUGCUCUUUGCAAACACUAUACAAUUAUGUUUGGACAGUGUGGAGUUUGCUAAAAAUAAUGAUGAUUUCUUUACAAGAUUGCAUUUUUAAUUUCGGGCAUACUUUUUAUUACCCAGGUAUAACAAUUACCUAAAUUUCACAUGUACCAAUCUGUA